GUGAGAGCAGAACCAAGCCAAACCUGUAAGUCUUUAUUAAGCAUCCUCUGGGCAUCAGACACCGUACUAAAUUCUGGGGGCACAAAAACAGGCACGAAUAAUCUCUGCCUUCAAAGAGCUCCCAGUUCACAAAGGAGACAGCAGGAAACCUUAUUAGGGGGACGGGGAAAGGCCUCUUGUAGGAUGUGGGAACUGAACUCAGACGGAAAGGAAAGGUCUCCCUCCUGGGCUCUGAGGUUGAGCAUUGAGUCUGCCCAGCAAACUGGAUAGAAAUGGAAGAUAAACCAGACGUUGGAGCGGGAGGAGAGUUUAUUCUCUAAGGACCUCACACACUAACUCGUGCACAAAAGAAGGGAUGGCUAGGCUGGCAAAGCUCUAAAAGACUGUCAGAACGGCCAGUAGAUAAGCACUUCUUAUGCCCCUACUAUGGGCCAGGCACUACGCUAAGCCCUGGGAAUGUAAUGAAAGGCAAAAAGGCAGUUCCUCAAGGAGAUCACAGUCUAAAGCACGAGGAAACGUCUAUUCAGACCAGUUCCGUUCCAGGAUAAACGGAAAAUACUUAGUGGAGGGAAAACGUAGCACUAAGAGGGAUGGAGAAAGGCUUCCAGUACAAGACCAGUUCCAGUCAUGCUGCAGAAGAAUUAGUGGACAGAGAUCCUUUGGAGCCAACCACCUACCCAAUGGCUGAACUGUGGAAAUACCUCCCUGAAGAAUUACUGUCACUGAUCUUCCGACACUUGCCCCUUCGGGAUCGAUAUGCAGUUUCACAGGUCUGCAGGACCUGGGCCACUGCUGUCAACUCAAGCUCUGUGUGGUACAGCACAGAUAUCAGCUGCGAAAUGGAGGCAGACGCGGCUGCCCUGAAUUGCCUGUCCCCCUGCCUGGGUCAGAUCCGCCACCUGGGGCUGGAAUUUGACCCGUCCAAGGAAGGAAGCCGGCGAGCAGCCACGGAACUGCUAAGUGCCUUGGCCCAGCAGGGCCCCGGCUUGCAGGGGCUGCGCAUCGCCUGCCGCGGUGAGAACCCGCUCUUCUAUUCGGGCCGAGACAUCCUGAGCGGGGUGCUCCAGGUGUGCGCCGCGGGAGCUCCCGGUCUGUGUGCGCUCCGCCAGCUGGAUCUCCGCCGCAUGCCUUUCACCCUGGACGACGGGCUGGUGCUUCAGGUGGCGCGCGCCUGCCCGGAGCUCCAAGGCCUUUUCCUCAACAACAGGACGCUGGUGUGCAACGUGCGCCCCGAAACGGUGCGCACCGUCCUGGCUGCAUGCCCUCGCCUGUGCGCGCUCGGUCUCUAUUACGCCAGUCUGUCAGCCCCGGUCUUGGCCGCCCUGGCUGAACCUGGCCGCCCGCCCUUCCAGCACUUGGCCGUGUUCUGCGCCCGGCUCGACAAGUAUGCUGAGGGCAUACCGGACGAUGCCUGGGCGGCGACCUGCAGCAGUCACCCGGGGCUCUCGGUGGAUCUAGAGCUGGACCACACGGUGCCCGACGAGCGAGUGCCCCUUGUCCUGCAGCCCACCAUCCCGGUGACCACACUGAGGCUCAACACGUUCGGGGAGGUCUCGGAGGCUGUGCGCCUUGCAGGCCGCCACUACGCCGCCACCCUGACGGCCCUGGUCCUGCGCGCCACAGCCUCAGCGGCCCUGAACUCGGCGCUGCAGGAGUUGGCCCAGGCCUGCGGCCACCUACGCGAGGUGCACUGCUACUGCGUGGUGGCGCCAGCCGUAGUGAGCGCCUUCCGCUCCUGCUGCCCCAACCUCCGCAGCUACACGCUCAAGGUCUCACGGGAGCCGCACCCUUGGAGGCCCAGGAUCGUCAAGUGACGAGCUUCAGCCCCAGGCGGGACGCUAAGAGGAUCCGGACUAGCACCGCGGAUUCCCUAACCUCGCAGCUAAUCUAAACAAGAACUCGAGCUUCAAAGCCUCCGCGAUGGCCGAAGGCAAGUCCCGUCCUUGCUUUAGGCCUAGUUCCUUAUCUGAAAAGAAGGGAUUUGGAUUCGUUUAUCUCGGAGGUCCUCACCCAAGUCACGUGGGUCCUUAGUGAGUGAGCCAGAGGAAGGACGUUUGGGCGCCUAUGUCCUUCCUAGGAGUGCCUAUGGGGAGGGAACCCCGGAAGAUUCAGAAGUCAUCUAGUCCAACUCCCUCCUUUUCGGAAUGAGGUCGGAGACAAGAUGCCAGCUUCUGCCCACAGCCACACAAACAGGGGCCAGAGAAUUGGGGCCGCUCAGGUGGGCACCAUCUCAGGCAUCCCUGGAUCUCCUGGAAUCUCCUAGUGGUUAGGUUUCUCAGCAGAAUACUCUCUUCCCUCCUUCAGGAAUCCUCCCUUUCCAUUGGGUCCUCGUGGCCCUGGAGGUGUAGUAAAAGCACUUGCACCUUCCAGGCCACAAUGGUUCAGGCACACUCUAAACCUGAACACAUUCAAACACACAGAUGCCGACAUCCUUAAGGAAAAGACCAACUUCAGGGACCAGGAGAACUAGGUCUGCCAUUCGCUAACCAUCUUGGACAAGACCCCUUCCUCCCAGGCCUACAGUUUCUUCCUCCAAUAUCCCUGGCUUUCCAAGAGUUCAGUUUUCAGGGCCAGAGGGCAGACCUGGUAUCCUACCUGGGAGGGACCCUCCCUGGGAGCAGAGGAAGGCACUCAGGGUCUGGGGGAGAAAGAGGGUGGGAUUCCUGUGCAAUGAGUUAUUUCAGAAAUAUUUCACACAUUCAUAUUUUUAAGGUGAGAAAGUUCUCCUUUCCAUGGCCCAAGGGUAUUUAAAUAAGAUCAUCUAUGAAGAAUUGUAACACUGAUAGACAGUCACAUACACAGGAAUUUCCAGACCUUCUCUGGAGACUUGAAUCCACUCUGAUUGAGGGUGAUCCAGGUCAGGGGGCUCUGGAAAUACUGGUCAGGGGGACUCUUGGAUAACUUGGUCAAAGGGAAGGCCUCAUGGGCUCUUCCAUUCUGUUUUGAUUUCUGCUGGUGCCAGCUGCUGGAGGCUGGGGUGCCUGGGACAGCCCAGGGGAGUAAAAAGAACACUGGACUAGAGUUUGAGAAGACCAGGGUCCAGCCCCAACGCUAAUUAGCUGGGUAACAACCUUGGGUAAGUUACUACAUCUCUCCAAGACUCAGUAAAAUACAUGCACUGCCUA